AUGAGCGCCACUACCGAGCCAUCUGGCACCAGCAACCGCCAGAAAAGCAAAACCAUCAUGAAGGGGCCAGAUGUGCGGGCUACAAGGGCCAAACCGGCACCCAUGUCCAAGAUGACUCAGAGCGCCGAACUGGAUGAAUAUACAGCAAGCAUGCGCCAUUUUCUCGCGGUCAUGGACCGAACCAGCGCCAAUGACAUCUCUGCCGGAGAUAGGAGAGACAGCCUCGACGGCCAGAUGGACAGUGGCGGUAGCAGCAGCAGCAGCGAAAGGGAAAAAUCACCCGAAUUUCAGUGGAUGGACCUUGCGAGCCUGAGAAGAAAGCAUGAUUCCGUCAGAUUCGACAAUGGAUUCACUGGGAAUGGCGGCGCUCCGAGCAAGAGUCUGGCCAGAUCGUCGUCAAGCCGUCAACAUCACUACACCCACAGCCUCCAUCACUGUAUCGGUCAAGAUGGCCGGCAAUACCACCGAGAAUGUCGGUCUACAAGUCCAGCAGGCAAGACCAUGUUGAGUAAAAAGCGUGCGGCACACGAGACACCACAGCCGAGAUCGAGGUUGAAGGGCCGGGGAAUCUUGUGUCCAUCAUCCGAGAAACACUGCGAUUGA